AAUUGGAAAUCCAAUUUCCCAACCGGGGAAGGCGAGUAUAUAGUAGAAGAGGACGGCGGAGUUUGAACACAUCAAUUACAAUUCUGCGGCGAUUAACUCGGAAUAGGGAUGGGGUGGAUCGGAGAGCAAGUCGAUUCAAUCAAAUCAAUUCAGUUCAGGCAGCUUCUCACUCAAGCCAUUACUCUCGGCAUGAUUGUCACGUCGGCUUUAAUCAUAUGGAAAGGAUUGAUGUGUGUAACUGGCAGCGAGUCUCCUGUUGUUGUGGUGCUCUCUGGAAGCAUGGAACCUGGCUUUAAAAGAGGUGAUAUUUUAUUCUUGCAUAUGAGCAAGGAUCCUAUUCGCACUGGAGAAAUUGUGGUGUUCAAUAUUGAUGGUCGUGAGAUUCCUAUCGUUCAUCGAGUUAUUAAGGUUCAUGAACGGCCAGAUACCGGAGAAGUUGAUAUCCUAACAAAAGGUGACAAUAAUCCUGGGGAUGACAGACUCUUGUAUGCUCGGGGUCAGCAGUGGCUGCAACGACAACAUAUCAUGGGAAGAGCUGUUGGGUUCCUGCCUUAUGUCGGCUGGGUAACAAUUAUAAUGACUGAGAAGCCUAUAGUUAAGUACAUAUUGAUUGGUGCUUUGGGCCUGCUUGUUAUUACUUCAAAAGAGUAGGUUCAGGUCACCUAUGUGAAACCUCAUGGUGGCUACUGGCGGAAUCAGGGCUAAAAUCAUGUUGCAUGUACGCACACUAACUGUAGGUGAGCAGAUAGGUCAGGCCAUCCAUUUGUAAAACAAGUACUUGAUUAAAUAGAAUAUAUUUAUUUUUGACACUAUA